AUGAAAAAAAUGUGGCAAGAACUUGAUAUCCUAGAUCCUCUCAGUCUCAAGUGUGCGGACUACAUUGCUGUUGCAACAGAGAGGACGAGUAAGCAUCGUGUGUAUAUGUUUCUCGCAGGUCUUGACCCUCAUCUUGAUUCUGUAAGAAGCCGGGUGCUUAAUACCAAACCAUUACCUAAAAUUGAAGAAGCAUACUCAAUAGUUAGUGCUGAAGCUAAUAGGCUUAAAACAAUGAUGUCUGGGCCAACUACGGAAGGGUCAGCUAUGAUGGCUAAAUAUAAGCCACCACACACAUCUGGCUCCAAAUUUGCUCCAGAUUCUGGUCCCUCAUGGAGAAAGCCACAGGGUCCUAUGUAUUGUACUCAUUGCAAAUCAACCAAGCACAAUAUUGACUCUUGUUAUCAGCUGAUAGGGUAUCCAGAGUGGUGGGAUGCCCAUAUUGCUAAACUUAAAGACACGAAGGCGAAGGAAAUUGCAGCCACUCCCAAGAAUGCCACUGGUCCAAAACCAAGAGGUAAGGCCAAAGCCUCACUCCAGGUUGUCUCCCCAGAUUCAGAGGUCAAUCUCGUAUGUGUUGCUUCAGAGGAUGAUACUUCUGGCCAUCCAGAUCCACCGUUUGCGUUCAUGACUGAUUCAGAUCAGGUGUCACUAAUGCCAAUGGUGACUCAUAUCCCAUUACUGGUGCUGGUUCGGUAUCUGUGUCUCCAUCUAUGACCCUUGAUACUGUUUUGCUUGUCCCUUCCCUUUCCCAUAACCUGUUAUCUGUUAGCCAAAUUACCAGAACACUUUAUUGUUGUGUGAUUCUUUACCCUUGGUAUUGUGUUUUUCAGGACAUCCUCACAGGGGAGAUAAUUGGUCGUGGUGUUGAGAAAGGGGGGCUCUAUUACAUGAAGAUGACACCUGCUGGUGACCGUCGUGUUGGUGAAGUCAAUAAAGUCCGGACCUCUUCUACUGAUCAGGAUAAAGUCUGGUUAUGGCAUAAGAGACUUGGACACCCAUCCUUUAGUUAUCUUAGAAAUUUGUUCCCUUCGUUAUUUCAACAUUGUAAGGAAUCAGAUUUUCAGUGUGAGACUUGUUUCUUGGGAAAAAGUCAUCGUGUAACCUAUCAUUCUAGUUUCAAUAAAAGUAGUGCACCAU